GGCUCUCGGGGCCGGAGCCUUUCUUGCUCGUAUGAAAGUAUUAAUACCGAAGGCUGAAACGGGUUUCACUGCGGAAUACUUUCAUCCGGGUACUUUCAAAAUACAUACUUCGGCCCGGGGAUCGUACAUCUUUUUCACGGGUAGGAUCCUCCCCGAUAAUUCGUUUCCCUCGAAAAUGGCAUCGCCCGGUCAAAAUGCUACGACCGUGAGUUCAACCGUUUCACCGGCGAAUGGGUCAUCUGGAUCGUCAACGACCAUCUCGGUCUGUACCACGAAGAUGCAAUCGUACACCGCAAUACCAUCCUCGCAACCUAAUCAACAACAACACUCGCCGCCGUCGUCGUCGCCGUCUCCGUCGCCGUCGCCGAUGCAACAGCAGCAGCAUCAACAAACUCUGCAGCCUAAUAAUGUAGAAGUUCUUGACAAGAACACCUCCAACACAUUGAAACGUAAUCCAAAAAUGGAAAUGAGCAAAAGUGAUUUAUUCAAAUUGUUGGGACAACUGGAAGGAGAAUUGCAGGCAAGGGAUAUUGUAGUAGCAGUAUUAAAGUCAGAAAAAUUGAAAUAUGUAUUAAACGCUCUAUAUCUGAGUAAAGUCUCAGAUCCACAUGCUGCAUUCGUUCGCGAUACAGCAUUAGUAGGAGGUAUAAUGGCAGUUGAUGGACAAGAACAGAAUCAGAUAGAUCAACAAGUUGCUAGUUUAGAAGCACUUGUGACACAACAAAGACGUAUGCAGUCUAGGAUGACCAAAAUUCUUAAGGAUGCUGAACUUAGACACAGAGCAGUAAUCAAGGAAUUGGAAGAAGAAAAACAAAAACACGAGCAUGAUACUGCCCAAGGUGAUGAUAUUACAUAUGGACUAGAAAAAGAGAGAACACGAUUGAAGAAAGAAUUAGAAUUAGAGAAGCAAGACAAAAAAAGACUGGAACUAGAUUUAAAAAAAGCAAACGAUACGCUAGAGGAAGAGAAAACACGACAAAAGCAAAUAGUACUUCUUUUGUUGGCUGAACGUAAAAAGAUAAUUAUGAAGUAUAUAGAAGAAAGAAAAAGAUCAGAAGAUUUGGCACAGAUAUUAAGCGAAGAAAAAGUGCGAAUAGAUUCUAUGGCUGAAGGACUCGAAGAAGAAAGUAAGAAGUCUCUACAAAUGGAAGCAGAAUUAGAGAAACAACUUGCACAGUUUGAUAUGGAAAGGCAGCAAUAUAGACAGGCGUUAGGAAAAGAAGAGAAAAGAGUGAAAGAUCUCGAAUUAGAAUUAGAUAAACUUAGAAACGAAAUAGAUGUCUUGAAAGAGACCCAAACACGAGGUUCUCCAAGAGGAGUGGGUACAACUCCACCACCUCCUCCGGUCAAGCCAGCUAACUUAGUUGCUCUGCCUACAGUUAGGCCUGCUAGUGCUCCACAAACAAUUAAAGGCACAGUACUGGGCACUGGGACGCCAAUGGUUAGUAGCAAAGUUGUUCAGCCCACUGCCACGGUAUCUAGUGUUCCUGUCAGCGGUCCAACUACUGGGAUUGCAAGAUCAGUAACUCCUGGACAAGCAUUACGUGGAGUCACGUACACGUCCAAUAUAACAUCUACUAGCGGAGAGACUACGGCUUCAUCAGAAACCCAGGCUGUAGACAAGCGCGUGGUGGUUGUGCCUGCCCCUGUUAAUCCUGGAGGCGCGGUAAAACUAAUACCGCCCGCCGCCGCCGCAGCCGCAGGAAAGCUUGGUUUUCAUGUUGGCUCCGCCGGCCCGCCGGUUCAAGCAUCCGGUAUGCUGCCCUCGUCGAAAAAGCCACCGAUAUCCCGCGGAGUUCCUCCCCCAGUACCGCCAAACAAACCGGUGGUGCCACCUAAAAAGGAGGCCGCUUAUCUUAGGAGGACCGAGUCGUCGUCACAGUCGACACAGGACGCCGCCGUGAAGCUCGGUAAACAAGCCACGGCGCAUCCUGCCAGUGGUCCCACCGUACCGCAAGUCCAACAGGCAAUAGCGGCGUUUACUCAAGCCUCCGAGGAUGAGGUCAGUAACGCAACAUCAGCUAUAUCUUAA